UCAUCUCAUUUUUAAAAUAAUCAGUAGAAAUAUAAAUUUCUGUCUUUCAGUUUUUAAAUGUGGCAACUGAUAUGAAGUUUGAACAUACAUUGUGGUGGUCUAAUAAAACACUGGUUGGAUUUUGCCUAUGAACUGCAUUUGUAGCACCUGGACUAAAGUGCUGAAACAUUUUUGUUGGAGAAAUGUCUUCAAAGACAGAAAAGGAUGAAGAGAGGCUGAUUCAAGCUGCCAAAACAUUCUUUCUUUCCAUUCAAGAUUUUGCUUCCUUCACAAACACACUCACCGAAUUGUUCAAUAGCUGUAUGAAUUCUAAGAUCAUCACAAUGGCUGUGAAAGAAGAUAGUUACGUUAAGGAAGUCUUUGAACAAAUGGUCAGAAUUUUUAGGGAGAUGCAAUCUGUAGUGAAGGCCAAGGAUGACAACGUGCAAAAGCAACCUUUAUUUUCCAAGAUUGCAGCAGUGAUGGGCACUGAGAAGAGUACGGAUGAUGCAAAAGAGUUGCAGUCGUCAUAUAGAGAAAAGGUAGCACAAGUCAAUAUACCAUUCAUUGUCUCUCUGAUGAGUAGUGGUAACAUCAUUGCAAAUUUGGAAUCUGCUCUUUCACUCUUGCUGAUGCAUCCCAUCAUGAGUCUUCAAUUAAGUGACUUCUAUAGACAAGACACCAAAGGGCAAUCAGAUGCUACCACAUCUGAGCAAAGCCCAAGGGCAGGUCCAUCCACAACCACGACAGUAGGCACUGUGAAAAAGUUGCAGAAUGCACUAAGAAUUGCGAAUGCUAAGAAUACCACUGAGUCAGCCGCAGAACAGUUGGAGCAAAUUGUUAAAAAUAUGAGACCAACCUUAGAGAUCCUCCAAAGGGCCAUACGGACGAUGGAAAUUAGUGCUUAUGGGGUUAAGAAAGUCAAUGACUAGUAGAAGUGCAACAGAAGUGCUAAUUUCUGGCAGAAAAUGAGUUCAAAAUCCUGUGAGUUUUCAUAGCAUUUUUAGAUCUUUGAUGCCAGACAUGUGGUCUAUUGGGACACUGGUGCAAAGAGUAGUCACUUGGCAAACAAUUUACUUCAAGUUUGCUUUAGUCAAAUAAAAAUAAUAGAAAAGCCCACUUGAAAUGGUAUUACUAAAAACAAUUUAUUGUUAAAAAAUCAAUGUAAUAUUACAGUUGAGGAUGUUUCUAAACAUUUUACAUCAUCUUAAAGAAUGGUCUAAAUAACCUUAAACUAAUUUUCACUCUUAGUAAUUCUAUUCCUAGUUACUACAGUGCAAAUAUAAACAUUAUCAAUAGAUAAUCUGGCAGAAACGAUGUUCAGAAUUAGGAAGUAUAUAAAGUAACCCUCUGCAUUUUUGUCACUCAUAUACCAAUUUCUAUAUACCUCAGGGCCUAAUCAAUAUUUUUUUAUGAGAAGUAAUAGAAUUUUAUUACAAGAAUAACAUUAGAGUAUAUGAUUUGUUUUCAUUGGUCACCUACUGAGAUCUUAUGAUUAGCCUAUAUUAGAGGCUGAAAAUUGGAGGUGAUCUAAUCUUCCACAAUGAAAUUACCAUGACACUAGUUUGAGAUGUGCUUGUAUCGGGGAAGAAAAGUUAGAUAAGUCCAUUUAUCUACCAUAAAGUCUUCGGCUCUCAUGCAUUAUAAAUGAAUUUAUGCUCUCAAGAUUGCCCUGUUUCACUUGACAACUAACAGGAACUUUGUUGAGAAUAAGAAAAGCAAUUAUUAACUCUAGUUAUUUGUUGGAAUUUUCUUUUUGAGGGAAAAUGCUUAAGUUAUUUUCUUUAC